AUGCUAGGCCGAUAUCACAAUUUCUAUUAUAGGAGCUCAGUUCAGUGUGAAAAAUGUCAAAGGAAUGAAGCGAAGUACGGGAAGCCGACAACAUGCAAGUUCUGUCAGUUACCAGCUGCAUUCCAUGAGGAGAAGUGUGUUUAUUGUUCUCAUUCGGAGCGUAAAUUUGGAGCACCCAUACCAUGUGCAAACUGUAAGCUACGUGCAGCGUUCACAAAGGACCCUAAAAAGCCACUCUGCCAUUUUGAUCCUCUGCAUUUAUGCAGAGUUCCAAAAGCGAUAAAGUGGGUAGCGGAAACGUGCAAGUACGAAAAGUCCCAAGCUGAGCCCGUCAAGGUGGCGAAACGUGAUCCAUUUGCUGAUUCUGGUGAGAAUGUGUUACUAGUCCAACAGCUUCGUGACCAAAUUUCCAAGCUUCACUCAAUCGUCGCCCAGAAAGAUGCGGCUAUGUUGGAGAAGGAUAAGAAGGUAUCAACCCUGCAGGCAGAUUUGAUGAGCGCAGAAAGAAAGCACCGAGAAAAGGUGGAGCAGCUUCUGAAGGACAAGGACGAUGCAAUACAGAGAUUGACAGAACGACAUCGUCAAGCAUCUUUGGCAGCGAAAACUGUGAGACCUCGUUGA